AUGAUCGUCUAUUAUGUCCUCCGUUCCUACUUUUACGAUGGCAUGGGAAGAUGGUACUGGAACUACCUUGCCACCAUUCAUCCGGCUGUACCCCACUUUAUACCUACAGGCGACUGGGGACCGGUCGAAAAUCCGCCUCGGCACGUAGAUGAGAUUCUCGCCGCGCCGUGGAUGGGCGACUUCCCGCUUCCCAAGCUCACCCCUCCGGCGUAUCGGCACGGAUCCUCAGCGGUGACCGCAAACCUCAUCAGUCCCGCCAUCGUCAAGAUCCACAUCUUUUCGGUACCCAGCGAGAAGGCAGCCUCGAAACGGCGGUUCAUCCGCUCAGUAUCCCCUCAUCUCAACAUGCCGGCGGAAUAUCGACAUCUGGUGGAGAUCAAAUUCGUCAUGGGGUAUUUCUUGAAGGAUGGGAAGGAAGACCCGGAGGCGGAGAAGCUGCUGGAGGAGGAGCAGAAGGAACAUGGGGAUUUGAUCCGGUUGCCGGGAUUGAAGAAUGGGGAGAAUUUGCGGGAUGGGAAGAUAUUGAGCUGGAUGAGGGCGAUAGGGCUGCAUGAGGAUGGAGGGAGGGAUGCUUGGUGGUUGUUCAAGUGUGAUGAUGAUACCGUCAUGAAUCUUCCCAAUUUCCUCGACGACCUCCUCAGCAUGGACGCGCAGAAACCGACCUAUGUCGGCACAUCACUCAAUCGCUGGCCACCUUAUCAUUGGCACUUUACCGGAAUGCUGACUGGGUACAGCCAUGGUGUGCUCAAAUCCCUCGCGCACGGUAUCAAGCACAUGAAGCAAGAAGACGUCGAGGCGGCCUGGGAUGAUGACGUGCUCAUGGGAGAACUGAUGUACACCCUCCCCUCGAACCACGAAUGCCGCCCAUCUGGCAAAACUACCCUGCGCGACCUCCCAUCCAUCUGCGACCCCCUCAACCCUCCUCCAUGGGGCUACACAGGCACUCCACCGAACCCACAUCCUCGAACCAGCCUCGUCCUGCACGAUUACGUCCGGCGCGCUGGAGACAAGUGGCUCUGGUGGAUCAAGGGGGACAUUGCGAGGCAUUCGUUCAAGGAGGAGAUGUACUAUCAGUGGGAAUGGGACGAGCGGAUUAAGGGGAAGAUGUGGGUGCCGCCGAAAUGGUUAGAGGGGCUCAAGGAUCCGGGGUUGGCGUGA